AAUAAUAAAAGACGCGAGGCAUGUAUUGGAGACGAUAAAAGGAAAAAGCCAGCAAUCAGUCUCCACUGCCAUCGUUACAUUCCGUCUUCAAUCACAGAAGCUCAAGCAAGGAGCCAAGGAUGCAAACAGCCUCUCUACUUCAUCCAAUAUAUUACUUUUCUAGUAGGAGGAUCUCUAUCACAUCCGAUGGGUGGAUGAAAUUUGGAGGUUGGAAUUCAAGUAAACUUCUCUUCAAUGGAAGAGGUCAGCAUCUCAGAUUUCUGACACCGUUAUGCAAAACUAGAUUGUUUGUGAUUUCCAACAUGGAUGAUGGCCAUGCAUAUGCCCCUGCACUAGAAGAAGACAGCAAUACAAACCAUGCACCCUCUUUGGAACCUGAAACAUUCUUUAGCAAAUGGUCUCCUCCUAGUUACUUAUGGAGAGGAUUAUCUGUUCUUGUCCUUGCUGGACAGGUUAUUAUUCGGAUUCUAAAGGGUAAAGUCCAUUGGAGGAAUACCCUCCAACAACUGGAGAGAGUUGGACCUAAAUCAGUCGGGGUUUGUCUUCUAACCGCAGCAUUUGUUGGCAUGGCCUUCACUAUUCAGUUUGUUAGAGAAUUUACCCGGUUGGGUUUGAACCGAUCAGUUGGGGGUGUCUUGGCCUUAGCGUUCUCAAGGGAGCUAAGUCCUGUGGUUACAUCGAUUGUUGUUGCCGGGCGCAUUGGAAGUGCAUUUGCUGCAGAACUAGGAACGAUGCAGGUCUCUGAGCAAACAGAUACACUGAGAGUUCUUGGAUCAAACCCUGUUGAUUAUUUGGUAACACCUAGAGUUAUUGCUUCCUCUUUAGCUUUACCAUUCUUGACUCUGAUGUGUUUCACGGUAGGGAUGGCAUCGAGUGCCCUACUGGCUGAUAGUGUUUAUGGAAUUAGCAUUAAUAUAAUAUUGGAUUCAGCUCAAAGGGCUCUUCGAUCAUGGGAUAUAAUCAGUGCAAUGAUUAAGUCUCAGGUUUUUGGCAUGAUAAUAUCUAUUGUCAGCUGUGCUUGGGGGGUAACCACCAUGGGAGGAGCCAAAGGUGUAGGCGAAUCAACAACAUCAGCUGUGGUUAUUUCUCUUGUUGGUAUUUUCAUGGCUGAUUUUGCACUAUCAUAUUGCUUCUUCCAAGGAGCCGGAGAUUCAUUGAAGAACUGUGUAUAACCGGGCCAGCCUCUUUGUCAGCAUCAAAAUCUUAACAGCUUCCUUACUGUUGUUUAAUGGAUGGCACCUACAGAGACAGAUAUCGUUAAGUGAAUCAUAGGUUUUGUAUAAAGUCGUGCAAUCUUUGGCUAGUUUGUCCCCCUGUGGUAUGUUACCCGGGAUUAGGUGUGAGUGCCGGAUCUGAGCAUGCAUCUGACAUGGUAUGUUCAAUUGUUUUUAAGUUUUCUUUCAUGUGGUGGAGGGUCCUUGGAGAGUUUAUAUUUUCUACUUUUAUCUAGAUAUAUGUCCCUGGGCUUAGGUGUGAGUACCGGAUCUGAGCAUGCAUCCGACAUGGUAUGUUCAAUUGUUUUUGACGUUUUCUUUCAUGUGGUGGAGGGUCCUUGGAGAGUUUAUAUUUUCUACUUUUAUCUGGAUAUAUGUUGGAUAUGGAUGCUUAAAAAGAAAAUUAAGAAUAAGAGCAGUAAUAUUUGAAUGCUGA